GCCGCUGCCGUACGUAUGCGCGAGUACAUACGUACAGUACGUAAGUACGUAUACACUUUUACCGGGCUGGUCGUCGCACGCGACGCCGAUUGAUUAUACACACAGGCCAGUAAUGAAAGCGUCCUCCUCGCGCGCGGAGGUGCUGUCAUGUAGCCCGCGGAACGUCCUCUUCGUCCUUUUUACGCCGGCGAACCGCCUGUCAGUGAAAACGACAUCGCAGACUCUGGUAGCUGCCGACCGACCCUCGGACCAAAACGAUCCUUGCCAAGGUCCAAACAUCUGAAUCCAACGCCAAACGCGAGUUAUGAACGUGAUCGUGCAUCUCGUUCUCCAGGUGAUCACAUAUCAGCUUGUAACAUGUCAAGGAGGUGGUGGACCAAGCACCUUCGGAUACGACGCGUCCUCGGCUUGCAGUAAACCGUAUUCUCGUUCCGGUCGCGCGCGGAUGGAAAAUCUACCCUGCGAUUUUCGAAGGCAAAAUUGGUGCACCAUCGCAGGCAACUCCUACCCUUGGCAUGCGGUCCGUCGUUUCGUGCACGAGAAUCAAGGAUUAAUGAGACGCAUGUAUGGCGAUGAAAGGCAUAUUAACGUGUUAAGAGCUGAAUUUGAGAAGAACGAGGUUGAAUUGAAAUAUGACGAUUAUUACCAUCAUUACUCAGAUGAUCACAGGAAAUAUCAAUACACGCACGAUUACGAGUACUUGGAGGAAGACAGUCUGAAGACCAGCGGGAACGAGUACGAGGGUCGUAGCUUCAACGAUAACGCUGCGAAACGGAUAAAUAAAUUCCCAAAAUUGAGCGAGUACACGAGGCCCCAUUUCCGACCGACCGAAAGGACCACCACCUCGACUUCCGCAACGACGGCCACAGCGACGACCACCUCGUCUUCCACCACCACCGUAUCUUCUAUCAAGGAAACGUCGUCACCGACGACACCAUCGACACCAGUUGCCUCGACUACAAAAUCGUCAGCAAGCUCGACGAGUAGCUCGACGAAUAAUACGAUCGAGAAGGAUGACUCGAUCGAAGAGAUAACGAUAUCGCCUACGGUGACGAGUUCUUACGCGGUGAGGGAACAGAACUUCAGCAUCAACGAGAUCUCCGAGCAGAUAGACAGAAUCGACGAGACGGUGGAGGAUACCGCGGAGGUCGUCGAAGUCUCCGAGGCAACUUCGGACGAGACGACGACUGUGAAUUUGUCGGAGACCACUGAACUACCGGACGAGCUCGAGGACCUGUUUGCCACGCCGAAAGAAACGACGGCGCAGGAGGACGAGGCGGCGCCGUCGUCCAGUUUGGACGAGCAGCAGGAGUUCAGGCCGCGGCCGGAAUAUCGACCGGCCAACAAGCCGGAAGCGUCGACGAUGGAGGGCCAGCUGUACCAGGACGUAGCCGCGAAGGACCAACAGGAACAACCGGUUCUCAAGCUACGAGGAGUGAAUGCUUGCCCCGUGAAAGAGGAAGUGGUUGCGCCUUUUUGGGCGAACAAUACAAGGGGCGAAGUACUAGCGCUUUUGAACCUAUAUCCUUUCGAGCAAUACGUUCACUGGGAAAAAUGCACACACGAGAACAAACAGAUGUAUUGCCGAGACGGAUGCAGAUGCGAGCAGCAGUACAGGCUUCAUCGGUUACUGGCUUACGAUCCCAACAACGAGUGUCGCGGUAUUUUCAGCGAUUGGUUCAAAUUCCCGAGCUGCUGUGUUUGCCGUUGCUACGACUUGCCCCUCGAGUUUCGUGUGACCUCCCGAUCGCCACGUACCCAAAAGCAACGAAUCAAAGUACAACCACCUCGUUACACGUAAGGAAGAAAUUUUAAUCUCUCGUCAUUAGACUGCAGAUUUUAUUGAUUUACAAAAAUACUGUGCAUUACAUCCAUAUAAAGAUUGCAUAUAAUGUAUAAAAAUAUACGGUAUAUAAAUAGUUAGAAUGCAUGUAAAUGAAACUGCGAUGCAUUUCUUUAACUGAAAUAAAAGUUUUAUUUUUCACAAAAAUCUGCAGUCUAUUCAUCAUUAUUACAAUUCAAAAUUUGCCAUAGGUAUUAGUUUUAUGAUGCGGUUUGUACAUAAGAGAAAAUUGAACGUGUGUUAGAUAUAAAAAAAGUUAUUUCAUUUAACAGUAAAUGGUGCCUCGAUUGUUAUCA